AUGGCGAGAUCAGAUCCUUCGUCUCUCCUUCGUCUCCCAGCAGAGCUCCGCCUCAAGAUCUACGAAUAUGCCCUCGCCGUACCAAAUGAGUACCUGGACAAGCCCAUGAUCGUAGUAGACGAUCGCGGCAAGACCUUCACAGCCCGCGGGCAAUACAGAGCCCUAUCCAUGAACCCUCGCUGGGAAGGCGAAGAUGGUACCGCGCGCAAACUACUCGCCGUGAAUCGGCAGAUCCACGACGAGGCCGAAGACUACCUCUACUCAACACACACUCUCUUCUUCCGCAACUCAUUCAAUCUCGACCGCCUCGAUGCGUUUUUAAGUACAUUGAGCGCGACAGCGCGAACGCGCAUCCGCAGCGUCGGCUUCGAGGUCUUUUUCUUCGUGCAUACGCAGAAUGGCGUGCCGAAACGCUCGCUGCGGGAAUACGAGCAUGCGGGUCGAACGCUUGCGCAAAAAUUCUCGUCUUGGCAUAGUACGCUGCUGUACCUGGAUCCGCGGUUCUAUUACCCUUCUGCUAAUGUGGGUGGUCGGGAUCUCACGGCCCGAGGAGUGUUCGAUCUCGCCACGCGGUUCGGGGCCCUUUGUAAGGAUGUGAGCUUUGUUCCGCUGCCGAGAGGUGACCAGCAUCUGCUGGAGGAAGCACAGCAGUUUGUUUGGCGCAGUCGGUCGCCGCCUCGCUUGUCGGAUGAUCGACGAUCUAUCAAGGGUUCUUCUUCGCUGGACUGGAAAGUCUUGCCAAGCCGUUUACCCACGUCAUCUGUUUUCUGA